CUCAUACUAACCAUGAGAGGUUUGGCUUCAGUUACAAACGAAAACAGAUCUUUGUCAGAGGAAGUGAUGGUUUUGACCAGAUGUGAUAUUGGGCUGUUACAUUAGUAACUAACCUGCAGCAAAAAAACACACACACUCACUCUGAAGUGGUGAGAGCAGAAGACAACAUGGACGAGCUCGAUUUGCUGUUGGAGGAGCUGGCCCUGAACACAGGAGGUUCAGAGAGUGUCAGUGAGAACAAGAGCGCUGAUCCAGCUGCUGGGGAGGGUACAGCUCCAGUUUAUGCAGGAGUCAACAAGAAAGAAAAAGGCCCAGUCUGCUCAAAUGUGUACAGUGAUCUGCCAGCUCCUGUGGCAGCUUCCCCAAGCCCUGACUCACCCACUAAGGAGCUGGACGCUAUCUUGCAGGAUAUGAUGGGUCUGGGACAGGGGGACUCAGCGUCUUCACCGACCCCACCACCACUCACGCAGAAGAAGUCUGUGAAGAGGCAAACAGAAGGCGGGAAACAGGAGAGCGAGGACAGCAGCAGCAGCAGCAGCACAGCAGGCUCAGAUGCAAAGGCCUCGACCACAAGCAGGAAAACAGAUACUAUAGAUGACCUGCUAGGAGGGCUGAGCUCUGACUUGGAGAAGAUUGGCGUACGCACCACAGCGAAGGGCCACUGUGCUUCCUGCAACAAGUGCAUUGUGGGAAAGAUGAUCACGGCGCUGGGUGAAGUGUGGCACCCUGAGCACUUUGUGUGUAUGGUGUGUAAGAUGGAGCUGAGCACCACAGGUUUCUUUGAAAGGGACGGACAGCCGUACUGUGAUAAAGACUACCAAGAGCUCUUCUCUCCUCGCUGUGCCUACUGUAAGGGGCCCAUUACAAAGAACAUCCUGACAGCUCUGGACCAGACCUGGCACCCCGACCACUUCUUCUGUACACACUGCGGAGGCCUGUUUGGAGCUGACGGUUUCCUAGAAAAGGAUGGGAAGCCAUAUUGUUGCAAGGACUUCUACAACCUCUUCUCUCCCAAGUGCUCAGGCUGUGGGGAAUCAGUCAGAGCGAACUACCUGACUGCAGCCAAUGGCACCUGGCAUCCAGAGUGCUUCGUCUGCGCAGACUGUCUGAAGCCCUUCGCUGAUGGCUGCUUCAUGGAGUUGGACGGUCGACCCCUCUGCUCACAGCACUUCCACUCGCGGCAGGGCACUCUGUGCGGUGGCUGUGGUGAGCCCAUCACAGGCCGCUGCAUCUCUGCACUCGAUCGCAAGUUUCACCCCGAGCACUUUGUGUGUGCCUUCUGUCUGCGGCAGCUCCACCAUGGCAUCUUCAAGGAGCAGAAAGGGAAGCCAUACUGCGCAGCUUGUUUCAACAAACUUUUUGUGUGAGACACACAGUGCAUGACAUACAAAUGAUAUAUCGCUGUCAUUAUUAAGAUUAUAAUUUCCCCGUGCGUUGAGUGUAUUUGCAUUGGUACAGAUGAGCAAUUAAAGUUAUUAGUUUUAGUGCUUCAUAGCCAACUGUGGUGCCUAACAUUUUUAUGAAUUACAAAUGAAGAGUGUGUGACGUAAAUGAUUAACAGAUUAUGUAAAAAUAUGGAGUGAAAAUGCCCACAUUGUAAUAUAAUUAAUGACAUGGUUGUAAAACACAAGGAAAAUACCUAUUUCCCAUGAUAAAAACACUGAAGAAACGUUUUACACAUGUGAACCUUGGAUGGAUCUAAAAGGUGUGUUGCUGACACUUGGGCUGAAUUAUAUGGGAUUUCAUACAUCAUGAUCACAUAAAAUGUAUAAAUGGAGAAAGAAAAACACAGAAGUGCAGUUUUGAUCCGUGGUUUCCAUUAAGCUAUCCUCAGUUCGCCAUAAGACUUGGCAGUCUGGAGAUACUCUCUGGCAGUAUGGAGCAGUUUGUCAAGGGGCUUGUCUAUGUGGCCUGAUAGCUUGUAUUGGCAGUGACUGGCAUGGAAUCGGCGUGCCAACCUAAGUUUCCUCUUACUCUGACUUACCAUUUGGCCCCUGGCAUGCAUGGGAUUCAAACAACCUCUUCAUUCUCCACACAGACUCCUUUAUAGACGCCUAUGGAAGAUUAAUGACGGAGGUGAGGUGAACAAAGGUGGUUUCAGACGGGGCUCCCUCGCAUCGCUGCAUCUCUUCAGCAGCUUGCUUUGACUGUUGAGGGAUGGAUCAGCCACAAAGUGUUUCAGAGUAAAUUUAUUUCUGGGGAUGCACCUUGCAUGUCUGGGCCCAUUUAUUUUGUUGCCUGACAUUCUUUUCUUCACUCCCACUGAUAACUAAUACUCUGGAUGAUAUGUCAAGAUGAGAUACUUACAGCACAGUUAGGAUGUGGAAGGAAAUGUUUGAGCUAUUUA